CGUCCGAGCGUGCAAUGCGGCAGGCGAUAUUGUUUUGUAACUCGCGCCUUAUUGUUCUACCCUAACGCGCAUUAAAGUAUUACCCUGCGGCCACGUAUCCUGCUUCGUAAAGGAAUACCAUGUAAAUUAAUAGAGAUCGAAAUUUUAUUUUGCAAAUUAACCUCGCGCUCGGUAAUGAUCUAUCGCUCCUUUUCAAAAUGCCGGAAGGAUUUAUAGUUAUCCACCCCUUUGUUUUCUCUUUCGAAGCUUUGAACGUUAGUUCGGUUUUGCGCGAUAUCUUUCAUUUCGAAACGUCGCAACGAGAGGACGGAGUUUAGACAUUUUUUUAUUUUUUUCGACUGAGAAUUCGAUUUCGCAAAACGGAUUCCUGUCAAUUCUUUUCAACGCGCCCUAUUUUUUUGCGCUUUGUAGAAAAAAUGAGUAAAAUUUUGUUUGUCACGAUACACAUAACUCCAUCUUCGAUUUGUUCCUUUGUAAAGGGAUUCUCGCCAAAGUCUCGCAAUCACUUUUCGUUUGUCGAAGUUUGUUUCAAAUGCGUUCUCAAUUGGAUUACGCGUAGUAACUCGCUCGUAGAAUCUCGUACAGAAAUGUGUGCCGACCUGAUUUUAGAAGGACGUGGACAAUUCUGACGAAUUCGUGCGAUGUCCGUUAUUAGGAAGAUUUUAACACGUAACAGAGAUGAAUGAGAAUAAAAGAGGUGACGCCGAUACGCGUUAUCUUCAGUGGACUGCUGCAAAAUCUCGGCGUCCUCUCAUGAUUAAUGUUCAAUCGCCCAAGAGUAACUUGCGCAACAGCAGGUUCGAUCCCAUGAAGACCGACGUAGUGAUGCCCGAAAUGCUGACACCCGUCAUACCACCGUCGGAUACCUUCAAUCCUUCCACCGAUAGUCUACACGCGGCCAUGCGACCGAUUAUCAUGUUGGCCCAAUGUUUCUCUAUGCUUCCAGUGUGCGGUGUCAGUAAACCGGACGCCUCGUACCUCCGAUUUACAUGGCGCAACCUAAAAAUCCUUUAUGCGGCGAUUGUUUUCCUGGGGGUGUUGCUCAUGUCAAUCGCCAACAUCCUGCGCUUGUUCACCUCGGGGAUAAACUCUACAAAAAUGACGACUUUCGUUUUCUACGCCACGGCCCUCGUGACCGCCGUCAUGUUCGUACGACUGGCGAUGCAGUGGCCUUGCCUGGCGUUAACUUGGGAGAAACUGGAACGCGAAUUCACCUCGAGACAUCGGCGGAUUUCGAAGACUAGUCUCGCAACUCGUUUUAAAAUCGUAACCGCAGUCGUCAUGUUGCUUGCGCUAGUGGAACACGGUGCCGCUGUGCUUUCUGCAUACGCCAGUGCAGUCGAAUGCGCGGUGUAUCGUGGUGAAACGGAUAUCGUCGGUACUUAUUUUCAAUCGCAAUUCCCUCAGAUCUUUACAAGACUGUCCUACAGUCUCUGGAAGGGGAUCAUGGUUGAAACUCUAAAUAUCCUCAGCACAUUCUCGUGGAACUUCGUCGAUCUGUUCCUUAUUCUUAUCAGCAUAGCUUUGGCGGACCAGUUCAGGCAACUGAACAGUCGUCUCUAUUUAAUACGGGGAAAGGCAAUGCCGGAGUGGUGGUGGGCCGAAGCCAGGAAUGAUUACAAUCACUUGGCGACUCUUACGCGCAGGGUGGACUGUCACAUCUCGAGCAUCGUGCUUCUGGCCUUUGCUACAGAUUUGUACUUUAUCUGUAUCCAAUUGCUGUUCUCCUUCAAUCCAAUACGCGGCAUCGUGCGGAAGAUCUACUUUUGCUUUUCUUUCGGCUUUCUGUUGGCGAGGACAACAGCAGUAUCCUUGUACGCAGCUUCCAUUCACGACGAGUCCCGACUACCGGCACCAAUUUUGUACAGCGUCUCUGGUUCUAGUUACGGCAACGAGGUCUCAAGAUUCUUGACGCAAGUAACGACGGAUAAUAUCAGUUUGACAGGAAUGAAAUUCUUCUCCGUGACGAGGGGCCUUGUGUUAACCAUUGCUGGAACCAUCGUGACGUAUGAACUGGUUCUGGUACAAUUCAACACCGUCCAGCAAGUGGACCAGUCGAAUAUAACGAACGUUUGCGAGGUACAAUAAAAUUUUCGCUGGAUUCCAGUCGUCUAUUUUCACAUUGCUUAUGUCUCUCCGAUUUAAUUAAUCCGAUAUACUCUGGAGAAAAGCAAAACGGAUGUUUCACCAACGUUGAAUCUAGUAUUGUUAUAAGACAAUAUAUAUGUAGAUAUAUACCGCACUAGACAUUUAAAUGCGGAGAACACUCCGUUAUCCACAGGAAUGGAUCAAAGGCACAUACAAAUGUAUUUUUAUCUGUUUAUGAUAUUGCAAUAAUUUUAUAAAUGUUACCU